AUGGAAGUUGAUUUCGGAGAAGCAGGGCUUUUCGGGGAUGCAAAGGAUUGGGGAGGCAAACUGGUUGAUCAAACACAAUCCAUGGAGACAAGGAUCAGCUUUUUCACAGAGGAUCUUCCAAUCAUCCGUAGCUACACAAAACUGCGGCUAAAUCAGCACUGGACGCAAAUGCUUGAUUUCACUGAAGAUGCUGGCGAGUUGCACAUUUCCUGCGGUACAUUCGAGGAGGCCGUGAUCAUAAAGUGCAUGGAUUAUUCACAGAAACAGCUUUGGAAAAAACGCUUCAAUAUUCCCAAGGAAAUCAACCCAAAGACCAUUCGAAUCUUUCUCGGGCGAUACAAAAUUGUUGUCACUGGAGAUUUCAAUGAGGAGCCAAGCUGGUCUGCAGAAGCAUCUCAAACUACGAUUCCAAUCGCUGAAUAUACGAUGGAAGAUUUGCCGUUAGAAGCAUGGCUGUUGAUUUUGAGUCCUUUGAAGGAUUUUGUGAUGGUGAAAUUGUUGACUGAUCUCAAAGUAGCAGAAAUCCGUGAAGCACUUGCUGCCCGACACGAAAGUACGGAGGGCAAGAAAGCUGAACUUCUCCAAAGAUUAUCCGACUGGAUCGAAGACAAUGACUUUGAUCCCGAUACCUACGAUUUUGCUGCUGCUGAUGUCCCCCAGCGAAAACAAUCUUCUGAUGAAUUUUCUAAUUCCGAACCAGAACUGUCUAUUGUCGAAGAAAACGAACAAGUAUCUGCUGCCAUGGACGCAGAGGACAAUGAAGUCCAAGAAAUUCACAAUGACGACGACGAACCCUUGGCAAGAAUCGCUGAUUAUGAAUCUUGCGAGGACGCAGACAGCCAAUGUGAUAAUCUCCAAAUGAAUGAAGACGAAGUUAACCUUGAUGAGCUCGAUUUUUCUGAAGAUAUCCAUCACGAGAGCGAGGAGAUGGAAAUUGACGAAAAUAUGAAGAUCCUUUGGAUCACAAAAGUCAGAAACGAUCUUGAACCAAAAACGGCGGCACGUGCUAUUCGAAAAUUUGGAAUUCGCUGUGGCAUCAAAUUCGCGAAGAAUAAAAACGAGACGGCGAUUUUGCUAUCUUGUGAAUCAUCAAAAGACGCCCAAACUCUCCACAGCAAACUGAAUGGCGAACUCUGCGGGAAUAUUGUGGACAUUUGCGUGCAAGACAACGACCCUACUCGACGAAAAACGCUCAUCGAUCUCACCAACGAGGAUAAAAAUGACGAGCUUGCGGCGCUGAUGAAGAAGAUUGAAGAAAUGGACAAGACGAUCAGCGAAAAACGCAAAAAGAAAAAUGAAACGCAGUCUAAAUACAGAUCUGUUCGCCAGGACAUCUCUAGAAUGAAAAGAAACAUCGACAAUGAUCUUGAAGCGGCCGUGAGAUACACCAAAGAGAAGCGAGAUAAUGAAAGGAAGCUGAUCAGUACGCGCCGGUCCAUCAGAGAUUACAGAGAUGAAAAGAGAGCUGACGAAUCGAAACAGAAAAGACUCACGAGAGAGAAAGCAGAAACGAAGGCCAAGCUGGUCACAGCGCGCAAUAAAAUGAACAAAGCUCUCGAAGAGGAACGAGCAGCUAUGAAAGAUAACGACACCCGAGAAGCUCGAGCAACUGGCGAUGGGAUCCGCGUUUCUGUCCCCAAUGAACCUGACUACAUGCCUGAACCGGAAAAAUUCGAGUCUGAAUACGCCAGAAAGAAAAUGGCUGCUUCAGAGCCCGUUGGAGUAACACGAACAAUUCCUAACGAUGGAAACCCGCACUACGAGCCGAUGAUGCCUAAUCGACGAACCGGAACUGCACCAACUAGAGGUCGAGGGGGAUACUCGGCGCGGGGAACUGUGCCCGGAGCGCGUGGACGAGGCAGUGGACAUUUCAGAGGAAGUAGCAGCCGAGGUCGAGGGGCUCCUCGAGGAAAUUUCAUGCCAGCACGCUCCAAUCCUCGAAAAUUCCAGGAGCCGAUGACUUACUAA